AUCCCCCGAGCCAGAGCUGAAAAUCUUAUAAAUAGACACAGCUGAUGAGAUCUGUUCAUAACCUCCACUGAAUAUCUUCAUUUAAUCUGUUCUUAUUGAAAUCAACAGCAGGAUGAAGAAGACUUUCACAAUCAUUAUUUUAUUUCUCGUGUGUGGUGUGUUUGGUGAUUCAGAUGUAAAGUCAGUGUCAGUGAUGGCUGGAGAUUCAGUGUCACUACAAACUAAUCUCACUGAGCUACAGGAGGAUGAUGUGAUCUGGUGGAGGUUUGGAGAAGGCAAAUCUAAAGAUCUUUUAGCUGAAAUUGUUAAAUAUAAGAUCUGGUAUGCACGAGGGAGAUUCAGAGACAAACUGCAGAUAUCAGGCAGUCAGACUGAUCUCACAAUCAAGAACAUGAAGAUCAAAUACUCUGGACUUUAUGAAGCAGAGAUCAACAUUAACACUGGAACAUUAUACAAGAGAUUUAAUGUUACUGUCAAAGAGUCUCCUCCUGUUAUUAAUUCUGGACCAAGUGAAUUGGCAUAUUUUACAGUGACUGAGGGUGAAUCUGUUGUUUUACCCUGUAAUGUUCAAACACAAAGAGAUGAUCUGAUACUAUGGAGGUUUGGCGAUGAAAGUGCUCUCAUAGCUGAAGUUGAUAUGGAAGAUGAUAAGACAUCAGUAUAUGGGAGAUUCAAAGAUAAACUAAUGCUAAAUGAUCAAACUGGAGAUCUCAUCAUCACUGACAGCAAACCUAAAUACACUGGAGUUUAUCAGCUAAAGAUCAGCAGCAACAAACAAACUUUAUACAAGACAUUCAAUGUUAUUGUCAGGGAUUCAGGUCUGUCGUCAGGUGUUACAGCAGGAUUAUGUGUUUUCUUCCUGUUGGUUAUUGCUGCUGUUAUUGCUGCUGGUUUGAUUUUGUAUCGCCGCAAGAUCUCUGAACUUAAACAUGAAGUGAAGUUGAUGUCAGUAGUGGAAGGAGAAUCUGUCACUUUACACACUUAUAUUGAACUACAGAAAGAUACUGUAGUAGAGUGGAUGUAUGAAGAUGAUGAGCUCAAAAAAGAAGGCAAAAAGAUCACUAUAGAUGAUGAAGCUCUUGAUGGGAGAUUCAGAGACGUACUGAAACUGGACCGUGAGACUGGAUCUCUCACCAUCACUAAAUUCAAAGCUGAACACGCUGGACUUUAUGAAGUUAAGAUCACCAAAAGCAAAGGAACAUCAAACUCUAAAUUCAAUGUUUAUCUCAAAGCGAGGGUCAGAAAAGGAAAGAUGGGGGAAUCUGUCAUUUUAGACACUUGUAUUGCUGAAAUCCAGAAAGAUGAAGCGAUACUGUGGAUGUUUGGAGAUACGACUAUAGCUGAAUAUACUGGAGGCACUGAUAAACCUACAUUAAAUAAAACUGAUGAGAGGUUUAAAAACAAACUGGAGAUGAACAGUCAGACCGGAGAUCUCACCAUCAAAAACAUCAGAACUGAAAACUCAGGAGAAUAUAAAGUACAGAUCAAGAGGAGGAGCGGGACCAAAGAGAGAAAAUUUGAUGUCGCUUUCUCUGUGCGAGCUAUGAAGGGAGGAUCUGUUACUCUACACACUAAAGUUAAAAUACAAGAAGGUGAUGUGGUGGAGUGGACCUCAGAAGAUAAAACCACUCUUGUAACUGGAAUGAAUGGAGAAGACAGCGAGACUAAAUUUGAAGAUGAUGAGAAAUUCAAAGACAGACUGAAGAUGAACGCUCAGACUGGAGAUCUCACCAUCACAGAUAUCAGACAGACUGAUGAAGGAGUUUAUACACUAAAGCUGACCAAAGCUGACGGAAAAAUCACAUACAGAAUAUUUAAUGUUGAUGUCAUUGCCAAAGCCCAGGGAAACUUUCUGAACCAGAAGUCGGAGAUGAUCAGAAUAGGAAAGAUGGGGGAAUUUGUCUCUUUAGACACUGGUGUUACUAAAAUCCAGAGAGACGAUGAGAUUUUGUGGACGUUUGGAGACAUGCGUAUAGCUCAAUACACUGGAGGCAGUAAUGAAUCUACACUAUAUGACUACAUUGAUGAGAGAUUUACAGACAAACUGGAGGUAAACCAUCAGACUGGAGAUCUCACCAUCAGUAACUUCAGAACUGAACACACUGGAGUUUAUAAAGUACAGAUCAAGAGCAGCAGCGGGAACAAAGAGAGAAAAUUCAGUGUUGCUUACUCUGUGCGAGAUAUAAAGGGAGGAUCCAUUCUUCUACGCACUAAAGUUAAAAUACAAAAAGGUGAUGAGGUAGAGUGGACUUCAAAAGAUAAAACAAUUCUUGUAACUGGAAUGAAUGGAGAUGACAGCAAGACUUCAUAUACAGAUGAUGAGAGAUUCAGAGACAGAUUGGAGAUGAACCCUGAGACUGGAGAUCUCACCAUCACAGAUAUCAGACAGACAGAUGAAGGAGUUUAUACACUAAAGCUGAUCAACACUGAUGGAAAAAUCACAUAUAGAAUAUUCAGUGUUGAUGUAGCUGUAAUAACCAAAGUUCAUGGAAACAUUCAGAAGCAGCAAAACUCAGCGAGGUUAAGAACAGGAAAGGUGUGGGAAUCUGUCACUUUAGACACUCGUGUUACUGAAAUACAGAAAGAUGAUGAGAUACUGUGGACGUUUGGAACUGAAGACGAGUGUAUUGCUCAAUACAUUGGGGGGAAUGAUAAACCUACAUUAAAUGACUACACUGAUGAGAGAUUUAAAGACAAACUGGAGAUGAACCUUCAGACCGGAGAUCUCACCAUCAAAAACAUGAGAUCUGAACUCACAGGAGUUUAUAAAGUACAGAUCAAGAACAACAACGGGACCAAAGAGAGAAAAUUCAAUGUCGCUUUGUAUGCUCAAGCUAUAAAAGGAGGAUCAGUUACUCUACUCACUAAAGUUAAAAUAAAUGAAGGUGAUGAGGUGAUGUGGACCUCAGAAGAUAAAACGACUCUGAUUACUGGAAUGAAAGGAGACGACAGCAAGACUUCAUAUACAGAUGAUGAGAGAUUCAGAGACAGACUGAAGAUGAACCCUGAGACUGGAGAUCUCAUCAUCACAGAUAUCAGACAGACAGAUGAAGGAGUUUAUACACUAAAACUGAUCAAAGCUGAUGGCAAAAUCACAUACAGAAUAUUUAAUGUUGAAGUCACUGCCAAAGGUUUUGAAAACAUUCACAACCAGCAGAACUCAGCUGUUAUAAAUGAAGAGACGAUCAAAACAGUAAACUUUUUAGAAUCUGUCACUUUAGACACUGGUGUUACUGAAAUACAGAGCUGUAAUUGGAUACUGUGGAUGUUUGGAGAUAUGCGUUUAGCUCGAUGCAUUGGCCCUAAUGAAUCUAAAUUAGCAUACUUUACUUUUGAGAUAUUUAAAGAGGUAAAUCAGAUCGAAUUUAAAGACAGACUGAACAUGAACACACAGAAUGGAGAUCUUACCAUCACAAACAUCAAACCUGAAGACACUGGAGUUUAUAAAGUAGAGAUAAAUAGCAGCAGUGGCACCAAAGAAAAAACAUUCACUGUUGCUUUGAAUGAGCGAGUUAAGAAGGGAAGUCCUCUUUACCUAUAUACUAGAGUUAUAAUAGAAGAAGGUGAUGAGGUGAAGUGGACUUCAAAAGAUAAAAGCACUCUUGUAACUGGAAUGAAUGGAGACUACAGCAAGAUUUCAUAUACAGAUGAUGAAAGAUUCAGAGGCAGACUGGAGAUGAUCGCUCUCUUUGGAGGUCUCAUCAUCAGAGAUAUCAGACAGACAGAUGAAGGAGUUUAUACACUAAAGCUGAUCAACACUGAUGGAAAAAUCACAUACAGAAUAUUUAAUGUUGAAGUCACUGAUUCAGCAGGUGUCAGAGAUGAUUCAGUGGAGGUUAAUAUGCCUUUACUGAAACAAGGAGCUGAUAAGCCGCCCCAGGUCCCAGUUCAUUGGUCGGGGAGGCUAUUUGUAUAGAUGCCAAAGGAUUUUGAGUCUAAUUGAUUUGUCAUGCACGGAACCUCCUGGGUCCUGAUUUUUUUUUUUACUGCUAAGCUGAUCUAACAGUAGCCGCGUUUUCAUUACCCUUUGAAUUUGCAAAUUGAAAUUGCGAAUUAAAAAUACGGCCAGUGGAAAUUGGCAUGUUUCCAUUGGCCGUAUUUUUAAUUCGCAAUGUAAAUUUGCUAAUUCAAAGGGUAAUAAAAAUGCAGCUACUGACUGAUACAACAGGCUUGUUUGAUGUUGCCCGCAAGAGUGAUUUGAAGAAUCAAACAGAGGACUGCUUCUGAAAUGCUUUUGCGGUACUUUGGUGUCACCCACUUGUCAAUUCUUGCAGCGCCACAAGCAGAAACAGCAGAGUCAUGUUGAAGCUCAAACCAGUGUGCAACAUUUUAUGCGCAACAUGAUAUAAAACCACGAGGCAUUAAAGGGAAAACUGGUACUAUGGGUCCAAGUUAAGUUGUUUACAAAUGUUUUAUUUUUAAUUCUGGAUGCCAAGGGAGUGACGGUAACAUCAAGAGUAUUUUACAGCAUUAAACAUGUAUUUGUAAAUAUUUCAUCAGAUUCAAAAAAUUCUUCAAAAAUAACACAAAAAAAUGACCUUCUUAGCUGUCAUCAGAACAGGGUGUUAAAUGCAUUACUGUUUAUGUUUAUAAAAUGUUGUGCAACAUUUUGUUGGGGAUGAACGCACCCCAGCAGUGCUGAUCACGACACUUGAUCUCUGACACCUUUCAUCCAAUCACAGACCCCUCAAUCAGUAUAUGUUUAAGGGGGUUAAAUAAUAUGAUUUUAUGUUUUUUUUUUUAAUAAUGGGUCAUUUAGCUCAUUUAGCUUUUUGCCUUCCAUAUGUCAAAUCGCUUAUAUUAUUUCCUAAUCUUUGUAAGUUGCUUUGGAUAAAAUGGUCUGGUAAAUGUAAAUGUAAUGUAAAGUCAUGGUUACAAUCAGCUUUAUUAUUACCAUCAUUCAUCAAAAUAUCUUAUUUUGUGUUCAUCAGAUAAAAGAAAUUCAUACAGGUUAAAAACAACAUAAGGAUGAGAAAAUUAUGACUUUGAAUGAUGAAUGAUUUUCAUUUUUGGGUGAACCAUCCCUUUAAUAACUGCUUUCUGUUAAAACAAUUUAUGUAUUAUUGAUGUCUUCUGGUGUGCAGUUGUAAAGAGACUUUGUUGACAUAUUUUUAUCACUGAUCAAAUGUGCUUAAAAAAACAGCUUUAAUUAUAAAGAUGAAUAUAUGUAUGUAAAUAAAGAGAUUUAUUACACGGCUCUCUGGAAUGCUUGAUUCUGAUUGGUCAGUUGAGACAUUUGCAGGUUCGUUCUUUUCAAAUAAUAACCGCUCCAAAGUAAUAACGCAUAGCCGGUACUACUUGUACGUGUUUUAAAUCGCUCUGCGCCAAUGAAGAUCAAUAAAGAUUACUGUUUGGCGCCAUCUUGUGACAAACACUGGACAACCACAACAUUUUAACAUUAAUUUUAACAUGUACGGAAAAACAAAACAUUUAAACAGUGG